GUGAGUGGAGGAUUUAAAGGGCCGGUGUCGGGAGCGCGCAGACAAAUGAAGGGUUUAGCCGCUACUGACAACAUGAAAGUCACAUCCAUAGACUCCCGGCGGCUGCACCGGCUCCUCAGGAAACAUUUGUCCCGCUGUCUCGUGCUGGACUGCCGCCCCUACCUGCUCUUUUCGUCCUCCAGCGUUCGGGGGUCUCUCAACGUCAAUCUGAACUCGGUGGUGCUGCGCAGGUUUCGGGGGGGGUCGGCGCCCCUCCAUUUCGUGGUACCAGAAGAGGAAGCCCGGACUAGACUGAGGGAGGGUCACGUGUCGGUGCUGGUGGUCGUGGAUGAGCGGAGUCCCGUGUGGCAGAAGCUGAAGAAGGAGGCGACAGCCCGGAUAGUCCUGAACACACUGGGGAGUCUUCCCUCGGGGCCCCGAGUCUGUUUCCUAAAGGGGGGAUACGAGUCAUUUCACGCCGAUUACCCAGAAUGCUGCAUUGACCAGAGCCGCCGUCCUCUGGAGGAGAAUGAGACAGAGAGAAACCCCCUUCUGGGAGAGAGACUGACUAUUCCCAAACCCUCGUAUGAUCAGGGCAGCCCUGUUGAGAUCCUUCCGUUCCUAUAUCUCGGCAGCGCCUAUCACGCUUCCAAAUGCGAGUUCCUUGCGAAUCUGCACAUCACCGCCUUACUCAAUGUCUCGCGGAAGAGCUCGCCCGACUUCUGCAAAGAGCAGUACAGUUACAAGUGGAUUCCGGUGGAAGAUAAUCACACGGCGGACAUCAGCAGCCACUUCCAGGAGGCCAUCGACUUUAUCGAUAGUGUAAAGCGUGCGGGAGGACGAGUCCUUGUCCACUGUGAGGCCGGCAUCUCCAGGUCUCCUACCAUUUGCAUGGCCUACCUCAUGAAGACCAGAAAGUUCCACCUCGAGGAAGCCUUUGAAUACAUUAAACAGCGGAGGAGCCUUAUCUCCCCUAACUUCAGCUUCAUGGGGCAGUUGUUACACUACGAGUCUGAGAUCUUCUCUUCCAAAAUCCUCGCCCCAGUCAUUUCUUGCAAGAGGGACUCUGUCUCGUUUUUCUCUGAUGAACUCGGUAUCGGAAAGAGUUACGAGGGGUCUUGUUUCACUUUCCCCACAUCUGUAUUGUCCCCCGUUCCUCUCAGGUCUCCGGUGCACCAGCUUUUGAGUCCUAUCACAGCGACGUCUUCCUGCUGAUUUUUCAAGUCUGCUGCUUAACAAUGAGACUCUGUAGUGGGAUGAGGAGAAAUGUAUGUGCAAUAUAACGUAGUCUGGUUUCAUUUCCAAACACCAGCAAUCAUGCUUGUAAAUAAGGAGAACUCCAGUUAUGUCUGAACCGACAUAUAAACUUCAUCCAAUGCUUUAAGGACACUCAAGCCCUUGUACAAAUCUCUGCAGGGGACAACGUAGAACUGGACUGAUCCAAAUCUGGCUCAAUUCUACAUGAUGGAGAUAUUUAAAGGUGAUCCCUUUAUUGGCCGUCUCAAUCAAUGGAGUUGUCUUAAACAGCUUUGGUCCUACAUGAGUAAUAUACAGUUUUACCAGGACUGUCUGUAGUGUGGAAAUGUGAAGGUUUCUCAAUGAGUCCUUUGUGUGGCCAAAAGUAAUCAGCCAGUGUCUCUGCAGCGCUAGUGUGGGUCUCUUCCUGGCCCAAGGCAACCGCCAUAUUAGUCUAAAAUCACUUGGGUCUAUUGCCCUCCAAUUAGUCAGUCCACAAAGUUUACAGCUGUUUUGUGUCCCAGACUAGCAUUUUAUUAUACAUAAUGCCCUGUGUGCAUAUACAGAAGUCACCUGACACUUAUAUCCCAUAGUCCAUCUUGUGAUGUCACCAAUAGGGAUGGGCGAAUUUUUUUUUCGCCUUGUUUCGCCAUGGAAAUGACGCCCAUAGACUUGUAUGGCAAAAAAAUUUAAUGUGCGUUGGCGACAAUUCACCUGUGGCGAAUUUUUGGCGAAACGAAAUUCGCACAUCCCUAGUCACUAAUAACCUUCCUACAAUAUAACCUUACAGUGUCUCCUUCCCACAACUGUGCAGAGAGGAUCUGGUGCAACUAGAGCACUGGGUACCAUCGAUCACCAAAAUAUUUACCCCGUCCAUGGCUCUUGCACAGUCCAAUAUACCACAGAGCAGCCCGUUUCUAGUUACUGCUAUAUAACCUAUAUAUAUAUAUAUAUAUAUAUACACAUCUGAUCACCAAUGAACCUCAUGCUUGUUCUCAUAUAAAUGUAUUCAUCUCUCUUCAUGCAUAAUCCAAACCAAAACACACAGACCUGUUCUUUAAAUUGAGACUGUCCUAUCUGGCCUGGGAUUUGACGGUUGUAGGGCCAGAAACGUUUAACACUGGAUUGUUUGCUAGAAACGCAUACUAAGCAAUUGCAUUCAUUGUCUUUCCUGCGAGUCAGUUCUCUCUGGUCCUUCUCAUUGUGCAAGGCAAUAAGUUCCACAUAAAUAUAUAUAUUUGGUUUUAUGCUUAUUUUUUAUUGUGCCAAUAAAGAGUUUUUAAUAUACAAAA